CCGUCCUCUCCCGUCCCCGCACCGCCAGCAACUCGAGCACUCGACCACCGGUCCGGCCGCCGCACACCCUCGUCAUGUCUCGCGCGCUCGCCCUCGCGGCCCUCCUGCUGCUCGCCGCCCUCGCCGCCGCGGACAGCAGCGCGGAGUCCAUCCCCUUCGCCAAGGAGGUCGCCGGCGGCGCCGAGGCGGCCAAGAACGCCGGCGUGACCGGCGCCACCGCGUUCAAGGAGGCCGGCACGGACGCCGCCUCGGCGGCCGCCGGGGGCGCCACCGCGCCCGUGGACCCCGACCCGGCCAGCGGCAUCAAGGCCGACCCCGCGCCCGCCAGGCGCUGAACCGUAGACAGGCCUUGGUCCGAUUUCUUCUUUUACUUCCAUGCUGAGACUCUGAUCCGUGCGCGCCAGUGUCGCGCAUGCGUACGUGUCGGUUAAUAAUUUUAGUGCUGCUAGGUUUAUUCGUUGAUCGUUUUCAUCGAUGAUGACUGUGUAAGUGUGGAUGUGCCACGCAGACCUGAGCAGCAUUUUCCGCUCGGUGCUUGCUUCUGCUGACGUGAAAUAAACUGGAUUCACACGGAAAA